AUGUCUUUUCAAGUAGAGAAUGCUUUGGGAGCACAACCUACUACAUACACAGAGACAAAGGAAGGUACAAGUGAACUUGGUCAACAACAAAACAUGAAUAAUAAUAAUUCAGAAGAAACUUUUUCAGAUAAUCCAACCGAGCUCUUGGAAUUCUCGCAACCUUCAGCACCAAUAUCAAGCACGGAUUCAUCAACAGUUUCGUCGUCAUCUACCUUAGAUUAUAAUUACGAGUCCUCAAAUUCAUCAACCACUAGCUCAUCAGAUUAUGACACACCAAUCAUUAAUCCGAUUUCAUUUCUAAAUACUAUGCAUCAAAAACUGAAUCUUGAACCACCAACUUACGAGUUUUCUCAUGAUCCCGCUACGGGACAUUUUUUUUGUCAAGUGAAUUUUAAUAAUCAAGCUUACAAGAAUACAAUCGCACGUCCAAAGAAACAACAAGCGAAAGAAGAUGCCGCAGGUAUUGCAAUGCAAGGUCUUUCAUUGAUUAUGCCAGAUUUCACAGCUGCUAUUCGUCAAGAAUUGCUCGUUCCUAAAUCGGCUCAAUGGUAUCAAAAGCAAUUGAUGCGAGCAAAUAAAGGAGAAUCGAAGAGACCUUGUGUUUUGCUAUUGGAAUUCUGUCAAAUGCACAGAUUAGGACAUCCAAUCUAUAACAUCAGAGAUGACGGAAGGGGAUAUUAUCUAUUUGACUGUACCAUAAUGGGUCGUACUUUUAAUCCUGAAUUGGCUCUUUGGCAAAAAAAUGAUGCUAAGGAUCAUGUUAGUACUAUAGCAUUUAAUGUAUUGUACAGGGAAUUUUAUGAAAAAGAAAUAGUUGAAAUACAAAGUCGGCUACAACCCUACGGAAUUCCUCCUACUUCGGUUGGAAUACCACCGUCACAUCCUCCUCCCAAUGUAGCUUAUUCACCUCUACAUCAUUCUAUGUAUCCUAAUACUGCCGAUGGAAGCAAUUAUUAUGCUACGGCUGAGCAUGCCAGUUAUUACGCUACAGAUCCCAAUGGCCAAGUUGCCAUGUAUUAUUCUAAUACUACCAUGACAAAUGCUUCUCAUCAAAGGAAUUAA